AUGUCUUUCCGCUCCAUUGCUCUCCGUGCCGGAAGAGCUGCCAACCCGUCAACCUACACCACCACAUUCGCCAUGGCGCAACGAGCACGAUCCGUGCCCUUGGGGGCCAGACACAAUGCGUCUCAGCUCUCGACCGAAGCGUACGAUAUCAAGGAGCUGCCCGGUGACGAAGCCGACGAUGUCGUUUUCCAGAACAAGUACGGCCUGCGGACGAUUAUGCUCAACCGCCCCAAGAAGCUCAACUCGCUCAACGGGUCCAUGAUCCGCAAGAUUGUGCCGCGCAUGGUGGAGUGGGAAAAGUCGGACCUCGCCAACGUGGUCGUCAUGAAGGGCGCGGGCGAAAAGGCCCUCUGCGCGGGCGGCGACGUGGCCGCGCUGGCGCAGUGGAACCUCGAGAGCGCCGACGGCUGGAAGCGCUCCGCCGAGUACUUUGCGCUCGAGUACAAGCUCGACCACUACAUUGCCACGUACCAGAAGCCGUACGUUGCCUUUAUGGAUGGCAUCACCAUGGGCGGCGGCGUCGGCCUCAGCAUCCACGCGCCGUUCCGCGUCGCGACGGAAAAGACCGUCUUCGCCAUGCCCGAGACGACGAUUGGCUUCUUCCCCGACGUGGGCGCCUCGUUUUUCCUGCCGCGCAUGAACGGCGCCGUCGGCACGUACCUGGCGCUCACGAGCGAGCGCCUGACGGGCGCCAACGUCCUGUUCAGCGGCGUCGCCACGCACUACCUGCACUCGACGAGCCUGCCGGCCCUCGAGGCGCGCCUCGCCGAGCUGCGCUUCCGCGACGACGACGCGCCCGCGCGCCGCCUUCAGCUCGUCGGCGAGACGCUCGAGGAGUUUGCCACUGGCCUGCCGCACGACCAGCCCAUGGCGCUGGCCGGCGCGACGCGCCGCGCCAUCGACCGCUGCUUCGACAAGAACACGCUCGCCGAGAUUAUCGCGGCGCUGCGCCAGGAGACGGGCGAGACGGAGGCGUGGGCGCAGAAGCAGCUCGCGACGCUGCAGAAGCGCUCGCCGACGGCCGUGCACGUCGCGCUGCGCCAGAUGCGCGUCGGCGGCCGCUGGGACAUUGCCGAGGCGUUUGAGCGGGAGCACCAGAUUGCGUCGCGCUUCAUGCGCCACCACGACUUCUCCGAGGGCGUGACGGCGCUGCUCGUGCGCAAGGAGACGCCCCAGUGGCAGCCGGCGUCGCUCGACGCCAUCCCCGCCAGCGACAAUGUCGCGCAGCCCUUUUUCGCGUUUGACGAGAAGCAGUCCCUCGGGCUCUUCUCGGACCGCACGUUUAGCGACUACCCCCACCCGCUGCUCGGCGUGCCCUCGGAGCGCGAGAUCAAGGACGUCGUGCAGGGCACCGCGCUGACGCCGCAGCAGCUCGCCGACAAGGUCGUCGCGUCGCGCAACGGCCGCCAGGGCAUCGCCACGAUUGUCGACGAAAUCAUCAGCCGCAAGGUCGUCGCCGACGCCAACGGCGUGGCCACGUGGGUAGAGGCCGAGACGGGCUCGUCGAGCAAGUUGUAA